CCUCCACUUCACCAGACACGCCCGCUUCCCUUCGAGCUGAAUUCACUGGUAUUCGGUAUUCGUUUGCCGGAGACUUUCAGAAGUGAUUCCCUUGACAAGAAAAUAACGAUAUACCACAAAUCACUCCCGAAAGGACAGGAGCAACGAACGGAUCAAUCGCCUGGUGGAGGUUUUGCCUCUUCUGUGGGACUUCCUUAAUUCCUACUCCUCGCGCGCUCCUUGUAUAUGAGAACUAGAGAGAUUUCUGAAAGAAAAAAAACAACAGUAGGCUAGAGGAAGAAAGAACACUUGUUUGAUUGGUUGAUGCCUGUUUGUCUUCUCUAAAAUAUUGUCUCUUUCUUUUUAAGUGACGUUUAAUGACUUCUGGCAGCGCUCCUUGAACCAGAAGACACCCAGCGCUUCUCAUCCUCUUGUCUCCCCCUCGUCACUUUCACCUGAUGGUCCAGGAACACGUAUCUUCUUCACAAGAGUUGUUGACGCACAGGUCACUGAUCCCUGGAUGUUGACAGCUCCUUUUCCCAGUCCACGAGCAGACCCUCAUAUCGUUCAUAUUUCUCUCGCUCUCUCGUUACUGAGAGAAAACUAAAAAAUAAGUGAUAAACAUUACGCCUAACCAUCUCUAUCGCCGUCUGUGUGAUCAAAAGCCACGGGGAAGGAAGGAAAAGGAAACGAUAGAGAGAGGGGGCGAGAGGGAAAUAGUGAGUGACGGGAGGAGGAACCGUGAGUUUUGAUGUUUGGGAUCCAGGAGAACAUCCAGAGGAGCGGAAGUAUUAUGAAAGAAGAGCCCAUGGUGGCCGGGAUGAACGCUGUUCGGAGCUGGAUGCAGGGCGCGGGGCUGCUGGACGUCAGCACAGCCGCCCAGAGCGGCGUGGCUCUGGCCCGGGCACAUUUCGAGAAGCAACCGCCCUCCAACCUCCGCAAGUCCAACUUCUUCCACUUUGUGCUGGCUCUGUACGACAGACAAGGCCAGCCGGUGGAGAUAGAGAGAACCAGCUUCGUUGGAUUUGUUGAAAGGGAAAAAGAAACGCCAGGGGAAAAAACCAACAAUGGGAUACAGUACAGGUUACAGCUCCUAUACAGCAAUGGUAUCAGGACAGAACAGGACUUUUACGUGCGCCUCAUCGAUUCCAUGACCAAACAGGCGAUCAUCUAUGAAGGACAGGAUAAGAACCCUGAGAUGUGUCGGGUUCUACUGACUCACGAGAUUAUGUGCAGUCGGUGUUGUGAUAAGAAGAGCUGUGGCAACAGAAACGAGACGCCCUCUGACCCCGUCAUCAUUGACAGGUUCUUCCUCAAGUUCUUCCUGAAAUGCAACCAGAACUGUCUGAAGAAUGCAGGGAACCCACGAGACAUGAGACGCUUUCAGGUGGUGGUGUCUACCACGGUGAGUGUGGACGGAAAUGUCCUCUCUGUGUCUGACAACAUGUUUGUCCACAACAACUCUAAACACGGUCGCCGGGCCAGGAGACAAGACCCUUCAGAAGGAACACCCUCGUACCUGGAGCAUGCCACCCCUUGUAUCAAGGCCAUCAGCCCCAGUGAGGGCUGGACAACAGGCGGGGCUACAGUAAUUAUCAUUGGAGAAAACUUCUUUGAUGGACUUCAGGUCAUAUUUGGUACCAUGCUGGUCUGGAGUGAGCUCAUCACAGCCCACGCCAUCCGGGUGCAGACUCCCCCAAGACACAUCCCUGGGGUUGUAGAGGUCACUCUGUCAUACAAGUCUAAACAGUUCUGCAAGGGCACACCUGGACGCUUCAUAUACACAGCGUUGAAUGAGCCCACUAUAGAUUACGGCUUCCAGAGGUUGCAGAAGGUCAUCCCCAGACAUCCAGGAGACCAGGAGAGACUACCUAAGGAAGUCAUUCUAAAGAGAGCGGCAGACUUGGUAGAAGCGCUGUACGGGAUGCCACACAACAACCAGGAGAUGAUUCUGAAGCGGGCAGCAGACAUGGCAGAGGCGUUGUACACAACGUUGCCACGCAGUCACAACCAGCUGACUGGGAUGGGCAGCGGCUCCGUCCACGCCGGCAUGAUGGCCGUCAACUCCUUCCCCGGGUCAGAGGUCACACAGAUAGCCAAUCAGGGUUACAGUAGGAGUAGCAGCAGUGCAUCUCCUCAUGGUUAUGUCCCCAGCACCACUCCACAGCAGACCAGCUACAGCUCUGUUUCCACUAGCAUGAACGGCUACACUAACUCUGGCAUGACCACGCUAGGAACGUCACCCAACUUCCUCAACGGGUCAGCCACCAACUCACCCUAUGCUAUCGUUCCCUCCAGUCCCACCAUGGCCUCCACCACCAAUCUUUCAUCCAACUGCAGUAGUUCUUCAGGCAUCUUCUCCUUCUCUCCGGCCAACAUGGUGUCUGCUGCGGUCAAACAGAAGAGCGCCUUCGCCCCCGUUGUACGGCCGCAGACCUCCCCUCCUCUCACCUGCACCAGCGCUAUUGCUAACGGACUGCAAGUAGAUCAGUCUUUUGUGGACUCUAGCAAGUACUCCUCCUCCAGCUCUCUUCAGGGUCUGGCCUUCUCCUGAAUGAUUCCCGGGAUGAUUGUUCCAUCCAUGUAGAUCUGUGAACGUUGAGGAUUUGGGAAUGUUGACAGGAAGAGAGCAUGUCUGGUGUGUCUCUGUGUCACACUCCUACCCUUUGGACCGGAAUAGAAUACUGAACUCAAAAUGGAAGCCUUGUUAAACUCAGGCCUUUGUAGAAGGAAUCUCAUUGGAAGGAAGAAGGAUGAAGAAGAGGAUGAAAAUAACAUUUUUGAUGUAAUUUCCUUUCCCGGUGAAUUUGUGAACCUUCUCAGACACAACUUGGAGUCAAAUAAUAAAGUUAUUUAAAAUCAA